CAGAGUGAGAGCCGAGCUGGAGCUCACAUCAGCUCUCAUAGCUUGUGGACUAUCAGUGAUUCAACUGCAAACGGUAUGUUAAUGAUCAGUAGGAAUCCAUCAGUCUGUUUUCUUGAUUCAAAAUGAAGAUGCUCUUCAGUUACGAUUCAUUGUGUUGGCUCCUUUUAGUCCCGAUGCAAGUGACUUGUAACUCAGCCCAGAAGGUCAGUGGAAUGCUUGGACAGAACGUGACUGUGCCGUGCAGAUACUCUGUUGAGGGUCGUGUCAUGGUAAUGUGCUGGGGUCGAGGAGAAUGCCCUGCUUUUAAGUGCACACAAACAAUUAUUUCAAGUGAUGGAAACAGAGUGAACUAUAAAAAAUCAGACAAGUACGGUUUAUUCGGUAAUUUACAGGAAGGCGAUUUCUCUCUGACUAUACUACACGCCAGUGAAGAAGACAGUGGGACAUACUGCUGCCUUGUGGAAAUACCAGGAUGGUUUAACGACCACAGACAUAAUACACAGCUGAUCAUUGAAAAAGCUCCUGCUACAACCACAUCUAAACCAGUCACUGCUCGGGGGGCUGACACUGUGAACACCUCGAAAGGUCAAAUAACCACAAGCUUUUGGAAUGAUACUAAUUCUACAUCAAAUCACAUUACAUCUUCAGAGCAGGACCCUAAUUCCACACAAACGACCACGGCUCAAAGUAAAGCGUCUAUUAGGAUUGGGAUAUCAGUUACACUAAUGGUUUUAUUAACGGCUGUGUGUUUCCUCUUCAUUUUUAGAAUAAAUGUCUGUAAAAAACUCAAAAUAUGGAACUAGAAUCCAAAACCAUCCACGAACUGCAAAUGAGAACAAACGUGGAUGAGAACAUUUACACCACCAAAGAACAAAGCGAUUAUGAAGUGUGCCCCUAAUGGUAGAAAAAGAAGAAGCAGGAGACCACGAAGUCUUCACUUUCCAUGGGUUUAUUUAUGUUCUGUUAAUGUUAACAAUGCAAGAUGGAUAUAGUUGUUGUAUUAUUAUUAUUAUUAUUAUUAUUAUUAUUAUUAUUAUUAUUAUUAUUAUUUACUACCAUAAACCUCUCAUGGAUGCCAGAAGUAUUUUCAGUAUUUUGACUUCUUUAAAAACAUUUUUAUUCCUGUUCUAUACAUUUGUAUUACAAAAAAA